UCGGCGCUCAUGGCGUUCGACAAAGAUCACAAUAAUUCGUUCAAUUACCAGAAAACCUCAUCAUAACGAUCCCGAGUCCAUCCCACAGUGACAUAAACCCUUCUCCGCAACAAACCCACCCUCAGAAUCAUCUCAAUCCGUCGAUUCGGGGAAAAUUCUACGCCUGUCAAGUAUGUGAUUGCCAUUGUCCCAAGGUUAUGACAAAGGAACGUAAACAUUAAAUCAUGCAUUUAUUUGUAAAAAAUACGAUAUCAAUGUGAAAAUUGAUGGGAAUGAACCUAAUUAUGCAGAACAUCACAACAUAGAAAAGAACAUCAAUUUGGAAUUUUUUAUUGGAACAUUACCUCAUUCUUCAUCACCUGGAUCGCAGAAUGGCUUCAGACGAUAGUGCCAAUAUCUCAGGAAGAUUGCAGCAAGUUAGGUUGCUACCAAAUGAUAUUCAAGACGGCCCAGCAGAGAGGAUCGUAACGUCAUCACCUCAGAACAUGCAGAACAUUGGAAAUAUUACAUUUUCAAAUGCGAGAAGGGCUUUGACAUUUUCCCUGGACGAGGAGCAGUCACUGGGGAUAUUGAACCGCCCCAAUGAGCCAUCGACAUCCUCUCGUGACCACCUUCCCAGUAAUUCAGCGAAUACCCUUCACCUGGAAGCAAGAUCCUCGGGUGACAAUUCUCCAGAUGAUCCAGCACAACCUCGAACACCGCCUCAAGAGCAAGGUCAGCACAGACCUUCAUCCCAAUUGUAUAACUGGCAGGGAAGCAAAACAACGAUGAAGGAGAGAUUUGCCUUUUUAUUUAACAACGAAAUUCUCUCAGACGUGAGGUUUCUGGUUGGCAGGGGGGCCCAACAGCAACGAAUUCCCGCUCAUAAGUUGGUCCUGUCAUCAGGAAGUGCUGUCUUUGACGCAAUGUUCAAUGGAACACUGGCCACAGCCUCAGCGGAGAUCGAAGUGCCUGAUGUCGAGCCCACGGCUUUCCUAGCUGUUCUGUUAUUCCUGUACACCGAUGAAAUACAAAUCGAUCCGGAAACCGUCAUGACUACUCUCUAUACCGCUAAGAAGUAUGCGGUAUCACCGUUAGAAAAACACUGCGUUGAUUUUUUGAGAAGUCAUUUGACGAGUGAUAACGCUUUUCUGCUGCUGACGCAGGCUAGACUGUUUGACGAGCCACAGUUAGCUUCUGUGUGUCUGGAUACUAUUGAUAAGUUUACCAAGGAUGCCCUCAAUGCUGAUGGAUUUGCCGAUAUUGAUAUUGAUACACUUAUGGUGGUGUUGGAGAGGGAUACUCUGAGGAUUCGGGAGUCGAAGAUUUUUCAGGCUGUUGUCAGAUGGUCCGAGGCUGAAUGUCAAAGACAACAACUGCCAGUGACCCCUGAAAACCAAAGGUCAGUCCUGGGAAGGGCCCUCUCCCUCGUUCGCUUCCCCCUAAUGUCCGUCGAGGAAUUUGCUAUGGGUCCAGCACAAUGUGGACUGCUGACCGAUCGAGAAGUUGUCUCUCUGUUCCUCUACUUCACGGUGAAUCCAAAGCCAUCAGUUGGUUUUGAGGCGAUGCCCAGAUGCCGAAUGAUGGGGAAAGAGUUGACAGUCUGUAGAUUUCAGCAAACUGAUGCCAGAUGGGGAUACAGUGGCACCAGUGAUCGCAUUCGAUUCUGCACGGACAGACGAAUAUUCCUGGUUGGCUAUGGGGUCUAUGGGAGUGUCCACGGCCCCGCCGAAUACGAAGUUCUCAUAGAGUUGAUACACACGGCGUCCGGAAAAGUGAUAGCCACUAACUCAACGAAUUUCAGUUGCGACGGGUCUAGCUACACGUAUCGGCUGAUGUUCAAGGAGCCCAUGGAAAUCAUCCCCAAUACUAUUUACACAGCGUCCGCUACCUUCCAGGGCCCUGACUCUUACUAUGGGACUAAGGGUAUGAGACGUGUCACUGUUGAUUGUGAUUCUGAUAAAGGAAAAGUCAAGUUUCAGUUCAGUUUUGCUGCCGGUGAUAACAAUGGCACAUCCAUUGAAGACGGACAAAUUCCAGAAAUCAUAUUUUACACAUGAUUAUUCCAUAACUUUAUAUAUUCAAUGAAUGGUAUCUAUUAAUUUAAUGAAUAAACUUGAACAACUCUCGAAA